AUGGCAAAAUCUUACCUUCUCAGCUGUUCUGCUUCUGCUUCUUCUUCUCCUUGCCCUCCUUCUUCUUCUGCUCGCUAUCAUCCCAAACCCAUUACGAUCACCAUCACCUCUUCUAUCUCAUUCCCUUACACUUCUCGCCAUUUCAACCUUCCUAACUUUUCUUUCCCCCAUCAACUCUUUCCUCUCCUCCCUAGACCCAAAACCAUACUCCAAGCCACCACCAAUACUCUACAAGACACAAAACUCGAUGAUGCAGUUGCAAAAUCUCCAUCUUUAUCCAAAAACUCCAUCUGGGUUAAUCCCAAAAGCCCCAGAGCCAAACAGCUUUGGAAGAAUGCCAGUCAUGCCAGGUCAUCACCUCUCUCCAAACUCGCCAAGUCUCUAGACUCAUGCAUCCCCACCCACGAACACGUCUCUGAAAUCCUCAACGUUUUAGGGGACAACGUUUUAGAACGCGAUGCCGUCAUUAUUCUCGAUGCCAUGGUGAAUCCCUACACUGCGCUCCUCGCUGUUAACUACUUCAAGCAGAAGAUUAAACCCUCUAGUCACAUUAUUCUCUACAACGUUGCCCUGAAGCGGUUUAGGGAGGUUAAGGAUUUCGAAGGAGCAGAGAAGCUGUUUGAUGAAAUGCUUCAAAGAGGGGUCCAUCCUAAUCUCAUUACCUUUUCGACUAUGAUUAGCUGCGCUUCCAUGUGCUCUUUGCCUCGUAAGGCUGUGAAGUGGUUUGAGAUGAUGCCCUCUUUCAGGUGUGAACCGGAUAACAAUUUGUCCUCGUCUAUGAUAUAUGUUUAUGCAAGAACUGGUAAUACUGACAUGGCUUUGAAGCUGUAUGCUCGUGCAAAAGCAGAGAAAUGGCAUAUUGACACGGUUGUGUUCUCGGGGUUGAUUAAGAUGUUUGGCAUGUCAGGGAAUUAUGAUGGAUGCUUGAAUGUUUACAAUGAUAUGAAGGUUCUUGGUGCGAAGCCGAACUUGGUAACAUAUAAUGCUCUGUUGUAUGCCAUGGGGAGAGCUAAGAGAGCCAGGGAAGCCAAGGCUAUAUAUAAGGAGAUGAUAAGUAAUGGAUUGUCACCAACUUGGCCUACCUAUGCAGCUUUGUUACAAGCCUAUUGUAGAGCACGGUUCAGCAAGAACGCAAUGAGGGUUUACAAGGAAAUGAAAGAAAAAGGAAAGGAUGUGGAUGUGGUUCUUUAUAACAUGCUUUUUGACAUGUGUGCUAAUGUUGGUUGCGUGGAUGAAGCUGUUAAAAUUUUUGAAGACAUGAAAAGUUCUGCGACUUGCCGACCGGACCGAUUUACAUAUGCAUCCUUGAUCAACAUGUACUCUUGCCUUAGGAAAAUUUUAGAGAUGGAAGCCAUGUUCAAUGAAAUGAUGGAAUCUGGAUUUGAGCCUGACAUAAUAGUUCUUACAUCACUUAUCCAUUGCUACGGAAAAGCCAAGCGAACUGAUGACGUCGUAAAGAUAUGCAAUCAGCUUAUGGAUUUGGGCAUCAGUGCUGAUGGCCGCUUCUGUGACUGUCUUCUACAUGCAAUGUCCCAAGUACCAAAAGAAGAACAUGCUAAGCUCGCAGAUUGCAUUGAGAAGGCUAAUCCAAAGCUUGGGUCUGUGUUAAGGUAUUUGACGAAAAAUCGUGAGGGUGAUGAAGAUUUUAGAAAGGAAGCAUCAGAACUUUUUAAUUCAACUGAACCUGAUGUAAAAAAGUCCAUGUGUAAUUGUCUAAUUGAUCUUUGUGUGAACCUGGAGGUGCCGGACAGAGCUCGUGACCUUCUGGAUCUGGGGUUGACUCUUCGGAUAUAUUCUGAUAUACAGUCAAGGUCUCAAGCUAGGUGGUCUCUGCAUCUAAAGAGACUCUCAAUUGGAGCUGCUCUGACUGCCUUAAGUGUUUGGAUAAAUGACUUGUCCAAGGCUUUGGAAUCAGGAGAGGAGCUUCCACCGCUACUUGGAAUUAAUACUGGGCAUGGGAAACACAAGCUUUCAGAUAAAGUUUUGCCUACUGUUUUUGAAUCAUAUCUGAAGGAACUUAAAGCUCCAUUCCAUAAGGCUACCGAUAAGGAUGGCUGGUUUUUGGCUACAAGUGAAGCAGCCACAUCAUGGCUGCAGUCUAGGGUUUCAACAGUGGCUCUUCCCCAAUGA